AUGUCACUUCCACCCGCCACCGGUGCUGUGGAACUUGCCUCGUUUCAACAACACGUCCACCAGUUCCUUGUGCAAAAUAAGCGAUUGGAUGGUCGGCCGUUGGAUGCCCUUCGUGAGCCACAUAUUCUCCGCGACUCAAAAGGUGGUGAUGGCCUCCUUGCCUCUACGCUUUAUACUGACAACACCGGUAUGUGCCUGAACUGUACUGUCAGCGGCGUUUUUGGACCACCUCCAUCUGAUCAGCCGGAUGAGGGCCGCCUUACUGUUGAUGUGGCCGCCCCAUUCUUUCAGAGUCACAGCACGGACCAAGUCGCCGCCGCUUUGCGUGAAGUGGCCCGGUUUGUACGCUCCACCAUCAUCUCCUGCAUGGAUCUCACAGAGUUGAACAUUAUUAAUGGCGAAGCCUGCUGGGUGCUGCAGGUAGAGUUGGUCAUCCUUAACGCUGAUGGCGGCCUUCGGGCAGCAGCACUGCACGCUGUCGUCGCCGCCAUUCACAAUAUGCUGCUUCCGCGCUCACGCCUCCCUAAUGGUGAUGAGGUAGAGAGUCGACGCUUGCGGUUUCACACCAUUCCAGUAGCAGUGACAAUUGGUGUGUAUAAGUUAGGUGCGUCGGGGGUGCGGUUCCUAAUGGAUACAAAUGCAGCGGAAGAAAGUGUUGUGGAUGGGCUGCUUACGGUAGUGCUUAGUGAUGAAAAUGGAAUUAUAACAUUUGUACAGAGUGGGAGUUAUUCAAUCUCUUCGUUACUCCUUACGGGUGCGGUAAACGAGUUCGCUUUGCGAAGUGCUGCGCUACGUGCAGCAAUCCUUAAGCCGUCUGUCGCUGCGGCAAAAAUUAACGGCUCAAAGAAUAGUGUGACGGACCCACAUCCCCUAAAGGAAGGAUAA